UUUUUGACCCACACCAAAACUCCACCUACAACAUCCAUUCUCACAAACACCCAAAACAACAUUGUCUCUUAUAUAAUAAUUUCGUCCCGAUCCGAUCUGAAAAGGUUGUUUUCAUUAAUUAGUAGAAAAAAUUUAAGGUUUUCCAUCCAUACUAAGAUCGAAAUGGAUAGAGUGAGCAGAAUGGCGGCGGAAAGGCCGGUGGUGAUGUUUAGCAAGAGUUCUUGCUGCAUGAGCCACUCCAUUAGGUCACUGUUUAACGACAUGGGGGUUAACCCCGCCGUGUACGAGCUGGACGUUAUCCCUCGUGGCCGGGAAAUCGAGCAGGCGCUUUCCAGGCUGGGGUGCAAUCCCACCGUGCCGGCGGUGUUCAUCGGCGGCGAACUGGUCGGCGGGGAGAACGAGAUCAUGAGCCUUCAUCUCCAGCAGGCGUUGAAGCCCAAGCUUAAGAGGGCGGGAGCCUUAUGGGUUUAAAUAAUUAACGUAAUUAAUUAACCUAGUUAAUUAUAGUUUGACGCCAAUAAUAAGGAUCGAUAUGAUGAUGCAAUAAUAAGGUUGCAUUAGAUAAUGGAUGGAUGGAUGAGGAGAGCUAGCUAGCUAGCUUUGAGAUGAUCCGACGGUUGCUAACGUACGCUUCUUCGAUUUUCCUAGCGGCUAAGUUGAUACGUAUGGAGUGAUGAUGUAAUAAAUAAUAUAAUGCAUGGCAUGUCUAGUAUUGUACUAUACGUAGACUACUUCAUAUAUUCUGCAGCUUCAAUUCUUUUUGUAUUGCAAGCUGUUGAAUCUAUCUUAUCCAUUUUGCUACCAAUAUAUAAUAAUAAACUUCACUUUAUUAUGAUGAUA